AUGUCUGAUUCUGAUUUGUGUAUUGAGUGUGAUAAGGUUGUGAAGCCACUGCAACAUGCCAUCACCUGCGAUGUAUGUGACCGUUGGCAGCAUAGAGUCUGCGAUACAGUACCAGUACGCGAUGUUCUCAGUGUGACGUCAGAUGCAACCUACAUCGUAGGCCCCAGCCUCAACGACAGUCGCGAGCAGCUAUUCGAUGUAACCAGAGAUGGACCUGUUGACACAACUGUAAUCCAUGAAAGGUCGAUCGGAGAGCCGAUGCUGUCGUGCAACGUCGUUGACGAGGCCGAAGUAGAGUACGAGGUCGUCGAAGAGGGUUCCAACCGGAAGCGACAGAAGCUGGUGUCAUCGGAUGGGUUUUCGUACUGUGUCAAGGUGAGACAGAAAGCACUGCGAGACGUUCACGCUCCCGCUGGGAGCAUCGUCGAAGGAAACAUGGUAGGCGUUUUCAAGGACGGUGAAUUCAACAUACCGCGUCCCUCCAACUUGCUGAGACGGGUCAACCGAUCGCGCCAGAAAGUCCGCCCGAAAGAUCCCACGUCUCUGGACUUUGAGGUCGACACUGACUACCUGCAGGAGUCUUUUUUCAUCGGUGAUGUGAGGGUCGGCGACGAACGUCAUCUGAUGUUCUCCACCCCUAGUCAACUACAGUUUCUGGGACAGGCGCGACGAUGGUACCUUGACGGCACCUUCAGGGUCGUCAACAGACCAUUCACACAACUUUGGUCCGUGCACGCCUUCCUGCAGCAAGGCGAGUCGGUGAAGCAAGUUCCACUGCUAUACGUGCUAAUGUCGAAGCGCAGGAAGCAGGAUUAUGUAGCUGUGUUGCAGAAACUGAUCGAGAUAAUGGAAGAGGCACCGAAAGUCGAAGGUUUUGUGAUGGAUUUUGAAGCAGGUCUAUGGCAGGCCCUCCGCUCCGUUUUCCCGGGUACCCAGCUGAAGGGAUGCGCAUUUCAUUGGUGCCAGGCUGUUCUGCGCCACGUCCAGCACCUGGGGCUAAAGGCAACUUUAAAGCGGAGAGAGGGAGCCCACCAGCUCAUCAGGAAGCUGUUGGCGCUUCCAUUUCUUCCAGGACAACACAUAGAGCGCGCCUUCAUCAAGCUUAAAGACCGGGCAGAGGGGAGUUCGAACCAGAUGAAGGAACUCUUCACGUACGUUGAAGAUCAGUGGAUGGAGAGCUCCCUCUGGAGCACCACUGAGUGA